UUUGGGGUUUUUCGCAUUGGAAGUCGGGAGGACGCGAGAUAGCGUUUUUCUCACGGGCGGCAACACAUCGUGACGAUGGAGGAGCCCCACUCACACAGUGGUCGCCUCGUGAAGAUUUCUUUCACCCAAUAGUUUUUCCUCUUAGUGCCGCGCGCCAGUUUUCGAGUGCUUUCUGCAUUAAAUUCUUUAUCGUUUUUAAUUAUCCGAACAACAGUUCUUUCUUUUUGCGCGGAUACUCUAUCGGAGUGUUUGGGGGACACCGUCUUUGCCAUUUUGUGGAGUAUCACGACGUCCAGUGGAGGAUUUUUCUUGCACGCCCAAGUGCCACCGAGGGUGUUCAGCUUCUUUUGCUUUCUGGUAGAUUUUCACAGAAGUCUCAACCGUAGCCGCUUUCCAUCAAGUCCAGCUAUCGUAGAAUUCAUAUACGAACGAACGAGAUUUCCUCAGCCGAGGAGAGAGCAAGAUUCGGUGUCUUUCCUGUGAAUUUAACGAGUGGAAAGAACAUUCUGAGCUUCUCAUCUGUAGUUGCCCAGAAGCGCAAGAAACUGUGCGAAAGCGGUCACUUUGAGGAUCAUCACACCCCAUUAGUUUUCAAGUAGAAACCCGGAGGAGGACAACCCCGCAACCAUGGCUCAACGAACACUUGUGCAUAAGCAAUUCAACUCACCUAUUGGCCUGUACUCUGAUCGCAAUGUCAGGGAGACUCUAGACCGAGAGCUGCGAACUCUCUCCAAUGGAGUUGUCGGGAUUGACUUCGAGCACAACCCCACAGCCAGCAAACCCGCCAAUUUGGCCAACUCAGCCGUCUUGCGGAUGCUGGAGGAGGAGGAGCAAGAACAGCGGCGAUCGGGAAGUCAACCUGGAUUGCGACGAGUCGCCUGGCCACCCCCUUCCGACGUCACCGUCCACCCCUCGCAAGUCCCUCUGAACUACAACCAGCAGCCACAGGAUCAGCAGCAGUAUCAGCCAGCCGCUGCCCCAGCGCCAGCCGCCACUUCCCUCCAGGACGGUGCCUCGUAUAGUGCUCAGCCCGCGGCUGCCCCCUUGUCUCCUGUAGGUGUUCCUCAGGCGUACACCCAGGCUCAGUACGCACAGCCGCAGUCCUACACGUCGCCGCAGUACAAUCAGCCGCAAUACAAUCAGCCGCAGUACCCGCAAUCGCCGGUAUCGCAGCCGCCGCAAGCCUCCCGUCAGUUCCCAGCCCCUGCACCUUCCUACCUCAACCGCCCCGCUGUGCCCAGAGGCUCUUCGCCCAGCACCGCAGCCUUCUCUGGCGGCGUUGCCCUCGGUCAGCCUCAAGCACAGCAAUCCCAGGUUCCAGCUUGGCGGCGCGCAGCUUCCCAGCCUAGCGCCCCUCUGUCACCACCUACCGCUCAGUUCUCCUCGCCCGAUCCCUCGGCCUCCACCCUCUCUCCCGGCGGCACAUCACCCACCCCGCGCGGCUGGGCCCCCGUGAAAGCGGCCACCCCCACGUACGGCCAAACCUACACCCAGCAGGUUCCCGCGGCCACGCACUACCAGGCACCCACUUACGAGGCGGACCCUUAUCAGGAUCAGUUCCAGGCGCAAAAUCAGUUCCAAACACAAUCCUAUCAGACCACUACAUCCUAUCAGGCGACUGAAACUCAGCAGCAUCAGCAGUACUAUCAACCAGCAGUGCGCCAGCCGAGUCCAGGAGUGAUUACUCUUCGCACUGAACUGCCUGUCUCUCAAGCACCGGCCCCAGUCUACGCAUCCCAACCUCCAGUCUUCAGUUUCAAAGGAGGCUCAAACAUGCGUGGCGACCAGAAGUGGCCUCCGGUGGAGUACAAGCAGCAGGCGGCUGCUGAGAAUGAGGCCCGGCUGCGCCUCGCCGCCGGACCCGCCUGUCGUCCGCGACGUUGUAACAAAGAUUACACGGCGUUUUUUGCCAAGAACGCUCUCAGUCACAACUACCCUGGUUACAGAGUUCCACCAGGCACACAACACGUCAACGGACAAUCUAUGAUGUAGUGUCUAAUUGACAACUCUAUUUAGUGGCUGUUGAACCUCUAUUUGUCGUCUACACCCCCCCGAACUAUCUUGACAGAGAAAGAUAUAUCUUUGUACUUGUGUUUUAAACCCUCCAUUCGAGUUUCUACUGCAAUUUUUUUCUCUUUUUGUCAUCUGUCUGGAACUUCUGCAGACAGAUGUAUUUUUUUGUUUUUUUUUUACUUCUCAAUGUGAACAUAAUAAUUUGUUUAUCUUACUUUUUCCACUUCCCCACUAUUUAUUGUUUAUUUUCUUCAUGUUAAUACGAAUCUAUGAUGGAUAUAACGGAAAAGGAAUACUGCUUAAUGGAAAAUGCGCAAAAUGUAAAAUAGAUAUUAGAUAUAUUCUUCUUAAACAUGCAAUUUAUGAAAAUAAUUUGAUUUACUCAUAACAUGUUCUUUGAUUUUUGUUGAUAUAUUAAAAACGAGAUUGCUGAGCAAAGGAAACUAUGUAAAGUAUAUCAUUUAACCCAAAAUUAUAUAAUCAUACUAUAUAUUAAUCGUUGUGACAAUUUUCGAUGUGUUGAAUUUUUGAUUGACUAUAUAAAAAAAUGUUAUUUAAUGUUUUAUUGAAGCAUGAAAAAGAAACUAUAAAGUGUUUAUCUGCAGAUUAAAAAAUUUUUUUUUUGCACAAAAGGUCGUGUAUUUUUGAUCAAUGUAGAAUCACAAGUCGAAGAAACUCUAUACAUUAUAAUGUGUAAUUUUACGAAACAUGAAUGCGCGCUAUAAGAUUAUAAUCUAAUACUGUGUUGAUACGGUGACGAAAGAGAAUUUUCGAGGAACUAAUAAAAAUGCUGAUGUUUUUUUUUGUAUCCAUUGACAAAGCGAGAAACCUAUAAAUAACAAAAGCUGCUCAUAUUUAUUCAUAAGACAAGAUUAUAUGAAUAAUUUAUAUGACAAACGAUAAAAAUAUUAUCUAAUUGAAUUUACUCUAUUUGUAUGUAUUUAGGAAUUUUUCGUUAACCAUUUUGCAUCUUUCUGGUGGCUCUUCAGCCAAAAUUGUGAACAGAAAUCAGAGUCACCAGAAACGCUUUCGAAACUAUAUCUUAUCCGUGAAGAGCGGAAUUUUGCGCUGGAGAGAAAAUGCUCAAUUAUACUGUCUUGUUUGAAUUUUUGGACGUUCUUUACACAAAUUUAACAUCUGAAGACGCCGAGAAUUGUCCCUAAAGACGAGCUUGUUCAAUAUUUUGGGCAUUUUCUCAUAUUAUUUGAUUUUUUGUUUCUAGAAUAAGAAGACUAUAUUGUUGCCAAAGGUCAUUUCCAGCAAAAGAAACCCAUCAUUCAGGCGACAAUUAAAAAGGAGCAUAAUUGUCAAGCGAAUGCUGAGAUCCUCAAAUGAAAUGGGAAAGAUCUUUGGCAUGAGCAAAAAACUGUUUAAAAGAAAUAUUUAUGCAUGAUUUUUGCGCUUGACACAGAUAUAAGAGCAGACAAUUUCGAACAGAGAUGUUUGUUGAUGAUUUGUAAAACAUGAUGGAAGAAGUUAAAUGUAUCAAUAAACUCACACGUGAACAGCUAGA